AUGCAUUUCUCUAUCUCCUACGUUCUCGUCAUCCUUGCCACUCUCAGUCAUCUCGUCCACGCUGCCCCCAUUCCGGACGGAACGCAUAAUAUCAACGCAAACAACGCUGGUACUGGCGGUGGAGGUAAUGCAGGCGGCGGAUCCGUCAAUAACUCGCCAGUCAAAGGGGAAGAGGGCUUGCUAGGUUUCCUUGGUGUGGAAAGCCUCCUCAAUGUGAACUCUGGCAAUGCCGGCCACGGCGGGAAAGCGAAUUCGGGUUCGGCGAGCAGUCGGCCCUUCAGGCGGUACGGCACUGAAAAGCAAUACGUGGAGACGACCAAUAUCAACGAGACAAAAGGCAACGCGAAUACUGGAACGGGUGGACAGGCCCCUGGCGGGUCGGUUAACGGCCCACAUGGCCUGAUCAAUAUUGAUUCGUUCAACGCCGGAGAUGGGGGAGAGGCUGACAGCGGGAAUGCCCUUAUUAAUGUGAAGCGAGCUUGGAGAGUUCGCCAUUAG